AUGGUCAACUCAAUGGCCUCAGAAAUGUCAUCAUUUCCGCUGUCAAUGGCGCUGUGGCCACGUCGUCCAUUGGGUUUUGUCAGAGCACGCCCAUGGUACUGCAAUAUGCAUGGUAUAGUACAUUUCCGCCUUGGCCAACAGGGAAGCAAUACCUCCUCCAGACAAGAAACGUGUAACGAACGCACAAAUUGGUCUUUUUCACGCCAUCAUUCAAUCGUAUCUCAUCCUCAGAGCAGGUGGCCGCUAAUCGAAAUCUGGAACAGGGGUGAGAACGAGCUAAACAGAAGAGCUGCAGAGUUCCACAGAAACCAGCCCAGCAAGUGGAUGACCAUGACAAAGCAAAGCUGUCCUCGGCCAAUUCCUGUUGGCCCAGCACCAACCACCAAACACAGCCAAGGCACCAUCUCGAUGGCACGGAGGAGUAUGUAUAUGCUGAAAUCUGGCUCGGCUUUUGACAACGCCGCACGCUGA